UAAGAAAUAUGUUAAACAAUGUACUUGGAAGAAUUGAAUAUGAAGAAAUUCAUGAUAUAGACGAAUUUAGAAUAUGUUUGCGACAAGAAGCUGCAAAAUGGGCAUGUUUUCUCGGUGAAAUCAAUUGUAUGAAAAAGCCAACAAUAAAUUAAAACAUCAUCUCCAAGAUCCUAUAAAACACAGGCUUUUGCCAUGGUGGACGGCAUGGACAUAUUGUAGAGGUUUGAUGACAACUACGAGAAAUGAAACCACUUUUAGAUCAGUGUAUAUCAUAGGAUUGAUAAAAACUGACUUGAAAUUUUCAGAAUACUUAGCUUGCAUUAACGAUACUAAUUUAAUCAAGGACUAUUUUAAUUUUAAACAGUACAACAACUAUACAAAACAGGAAGAUCAAUUUCUCGCUAACACUUUCUUACAUUUUAUUACGAAGCAUGCAAAGAAUCCAAUUAUACUGACGUAUUUAUUAGAUAAUUUUAACGAAAUAAAACCAAAACAUGUUAAUAUAAUUGCAGCAUUAAUUAUUAUGAUUAAUAACGUAUAUACCAAAAAUGUAGCUAAGUCAAUAAAGAGACACUCUGAAAGUAUUGUAGAAGCUAACGUAAUUGAAGCGAACACAGAAGAUCAAUUUAAAAGACAUCGAAUAAAAGAAAUGAGUGACCGUGUGAUACAUAAGAAUGAAUUAAUUAAACGAAUAACAAACCAGGUUGAUAUACGCAAUGGACAAAUCGAGAAGCAGAGACAGGAUUCUGCAAGUAUUUUCUUCUAAUCGGUGGAUGAAAAAAAAUUGCAGUUUUUUUAUACGAGGACGUACUUUAUAUGAAUAAUUUUUUUAUAUUGCAUGUACUAUUUUUAUACUGCUUUAAAUAUUGUUUAUUUAGAUGUAUUACUAUCCGAUGCCUUUAUAUUUACAAAACUAUAAGACUGCAUUUAUCAAGAUUUUCAUUUUUUUGCGAUCUUGUUUGAAGUAGUUAAACUAUAUAUUAUUACCUGCUUAGUAACAGAAUUGUAGCCAUA